UGGAGGUUGGAUACCCCCGCCCGGUGCCGGUACCGGUGCCGGUGCGGGUCCCGCUCCCGCUUCCCGGCUUCUCCGGGACCUGCCUCUAAAGUUGAGGCAGAGCCGGCGGCGGAGGGAUGGCUGGAGGGCGGGGGAGGGCGGGAGGAGGGACGGGGCGGCCGACGGGGACAAAGCCCGAGCGGCGGGGCUGGGACAGCCCGGGCGUGGGGCCGGGGCAGGGGUCACCCCCCCCCCCCCCCCCCCCCCGGGGGGGCAGAGCCAUUCGCCACGGUCGCCGCUGUCCCCGGGGGCUGGCCCGUCUGCUCGCCCGGGCCCCCCCCCCCCUUCUCGCCUCCCUCCUCCCCGGACCCAGCCUCCCGCAGCAGCCGGCCCGCCCCGUCGGGGAGGCGGCGGUGCCCCGGGGCCCUCCCGGGGCCGCCUCGUCGUACCUCGCUCCGGUAAAGCGGCAGAAAAACGAAACCAACAGGCGGGCCGGGCAUAACACGGACACCGGGCAUAGCACCGGCACCGGCACCGGCCACAGUACCGGUCCCGGCACCGGGCACAGCACCGUGCCGCCCCACCUGCAAGCGGUGACCGCUGCACAGCGGGGCGCGGGCGGAGGAUUCUCCCACCGGCGGCACCGGGCACCGGGAACCGGGCACCGGGGAACCGGCCCCGCCGCUCUCCGUGGUGCUGAACCGCCGCCGCCGCCGCGCCCCGGGGCCGUGCGGGGUCGUGCCUCGUCCGUCCUUUUCUUUCCAAGCCGCCACUAAUUAAUUAUUAGCAUUGCUCUUAAUUAUUAUCGUUAGCAUCCCUUGCGGUUCCCGUCGCUCCGGUGCACCGCGCCACGGCUAACCGUUCCGAACGGGAAGAUGGUGCCAGCG